AUGGCAUCAAAGACCAAGAAGGAUGCCCUCAAGGCUGUCAACAAGCUGUUGAACGAGGAGAUCUUCAACUCACUCGAGCUUGGGACUCGUAAGGUCCAGGUAGAGUGUGCCACAAAGACAGAACAGUGGAUUAGGCCUACUAGAAUCCCGAGGACUAGCGAGCAGGACAGACUCGUUGAGGUCGUGCAGCAGAAUCGAGACCGCUUCCCACCAGCAACUGCGAAGAUCGUUCUGAACUUGCUGCAACACACGAGUCCGAAAGACAGCCGCCCACACUGGACUGUUUGGCCAUUCGACAUCAAGGGGAUGGCUUUCCCAACAAUGCAUUUGUACUGGGUCGACGAAGACCUCGAGUUUCCAGAUAACACACAGCUCCAGAGUGAGGAUGGGAGCGAUAGGGCCUGA